AUGCCACGUGUGUUGUCAAUAGAGAGAUCCAUUUGGCAAAAAAAAAAUCAGAAUACAAAUCCUAGUUCGUUGAGGUCGUCGUUAACCGUUCAUUCCCGAACACAAACAGCUCAGUCAAGCUCAAGCCCACACCAGAGCUCCCUCACUCUUCUUCCGCAUUCCACAAUGGCCACCAUCGAGCUCGCAAAUCUAGGGCUUCGAUUUAGACCAUUCUCUACCUCCAAUCCAAGAACGACUCGUUCUCCUUUGCGAUUCUCGACUCCCUUUGGUCGCAAGAUUCGCAUUCAUAGGCCCCUUUCGUGUUCGCUGGUCGGACAACAGCAACAAGUUGAUGCUUUGUUUACUGAAGAGGAAAGUUCGUUGAUUCGAGCUCUCAUUGGGAUUCAAGGACGUGGUCGUUCUGCUUCUCCUCAGCAACUACAAGAUGUAGAGCGUGCUGUGGAAGCUCUAGAGGGUUUGGAAGGCAUUCCUGACCCAACAGGCUCCAGUUUGAUUGAAGGUCGCUGGCAGUUAAUGUUCACAACUAGACCAGGAACUGCAUCCCCAAUUCAGAGAACAUUUGUCGGGGUUGACUUCUUCAGUGUAUUUCAAGAGGUAUAUCUUCGUACCAAUGAUCCUCGUGUUUCCAACAUCGUAAAAUUCUCUGAUGCAAUAGGUGAGCUGAAAGUAGAGAGAACAUUUGUCGGGGUUGACUUCUUCAGUGUAUUUCAAGAGGUAUAUCUUCGUACCAAUGAUCCUCGUGUUUCCAACAUCGUAAAAUUCUCUGAUGCAAUAGGUGAGCUGAAAGUAGAGUUGCGAACUUGUGAUGUGUUGGUAGUGGGCUUUUCCCAAUUUGCCUUCUUGGGCCCAGUUACUGUUAGAGAUGUGGCAGAAGCAUCAAUUAAAGAUGGAAAACGAAUCCUUUUCCGCUUUGAUAGAGCAGCCUUUUCUUUCAAAUUUUUGCCCUUCAAGGUGCCAUAUCCAGUACCUUUUAGACUUCUUGGAGAUGAAGCAAAAGGUUGGUUAGACACUUCAUAUUUGUCCCAAUCUGGAAAUCUGCGUAUCUCAAGAGGAAAUAAGGGCACCACAUUUGUGUUGCAAAAGAAACCUGAACCAAGGCAGAGGUUGCUUUCAGCCAUUUCCAUGGGUACAGAUGUCAGAGAGGCAAUUGAUGUGUUUCUCUCCUUAAAUCAGAAUGUAGCUAAAGGAGAACUGGAACUUUUCAAGGGAGAAUGGCAAAUGAUAUGGAGCUCACAGAUGGAGACUGAUAGCUGGAUAGAGAAUGCAGCCAAUGGUCUAAUGGGCAUGCAGAUUGUCAAACCAAACGGACAAUUGAAGUUCCUGGUAGACAUAUUGCUUGGUUUUAAAUUCUCCAUGACUGGUACAUUCAAAAAAUCUGGUACCAACGUUUAUGAUGUGACAAUGAACGAUGCAGCCAUUGUAGUCGGCUCGUUUGGACUUCCAAUGGAGAUGGAAAGCAAGUUCAACUUGGAGUUGUUAUAUACGGAUGACAAGAUCAGGAUUACCCGGGGUUACAACAAAAUUAUUUUUGUGCACUUACGUGUGGAUGGAUCGCAGCAUAAAUGA